AUGAAAAUGCUUUUACAUAGGAACAAGUCGUCGUUGAGAAUUUACGGUCUGAUAUAUCUCUCUUGUUUGCCAAAUCCAGAAUCGCCGGCGUGCUUCGUGCCGAUUCUACUCGACAAUAGGAAAAGCCACGACACGUCCAAGCUUCUAGCCACCUCAAGAACGCUCUUGGUUUUCUCUCCCAACCUGAUUUCACCGAAAGACUUUGAAGUGGUGACGGUUCCUUUUCCUGAAACCAGAUCUCUUACCGUUACCAUAGCUGCUAUGACCUUGCAGAGUGGACUUAAAAAGCCACCUCUCCUUGGGUCUUCAAUUUUGAUUUCCAGCUCCUACCUGGAAAUCCCAUCUGUAUGGGUUUCUCUAUGGAGAUGUAUUACUGAUCGGAUUGAUGAAUCACAUCACUUACACUUGGUUUCCUCAGCAGGGAUGACCAGGACCUAUGCUUCUAUUUCGCAGCAAUACCAUACUGUGGCGUACGAUCACCUGCCGGGCAUCAAGCACGGUUGA